CCUAAGAUAUGAUCCUUAACAUAUCUUAAAAUUCCUUAAUUUUAAAAUGUAUAGUGUUUUUCAUCAUUUUAGUUCUAUUAAUAAUAUUCUAUUUCCUAAGAAAUAUUUAUAGCACCUAAUAUCUGUGUCGUCGGUAUAGUUAUCUCAUCUGAGGAAAUUACCUGAAAAACUGGAAAAGAUGAAUUUUGACAUAUUUUUAAUUUUUCUAGCAGUAAGAAUAUCCUCCAUAUUUUUAGUACAAACUUUUUUUGUACCUGAUGAAUACUGGCAGUCUCUAGAAGUGUCCCACUAUUUAACAUUUAAUUAUGGAUAUUUAACUUGGGAGUGGACUAAGGGAAUAAGAAGUUACAUUCCGCCUUUUAUAUUUGCUGGAUUUUACAAAAUUCUGCAAAUUAUCGGGAUGGAUACUGCCACAAAUUUGAUAUAUGGACCACGAAUUUUACAAGCCCUGUUGAGUGCUUAUUCUGAUGUGCAAUUCUACAAAUGGUCGGGGACUAAAAAAUGGGCAGUCUUCUCUAUGGCCAGUUCCUGGUUUUGGUUUUAUACGGGAUCACGGACUUUGAUAAAUACUUUCGAAUGUGCGUUGACCACAGUUGCCCUUUCUAAGUUUCCUUGGCCUGGAAAAGGUAUAGAGGAUUCAUCUCCUUUUAUCUGGAUUAUAUCCUUACUUUUUGCAAUAAGACCAACAUGUGCAGUAAUGUGGAUUCCACUUUGUGUUUAUCAUUUGACACUUACUAAAAAAACGUUUUUAAAUUUGGUAGUGGGACAUUAUUUACCAAUUGGGUUAACAGUAUUAGUUCUAUCAAUACUGUUAGAUAGUAUUGCUCAUGGGUCCUUCAUAGUAUCUGCGUAUGAGUUUCUAAAAUUCAACUUGUUCGAAGAUAUUUCUUCUUUUUACGGAGUUCAACCCUGGCAUUGGUAUUUGUCUGUAGGUUUCCCAGCAAUUUUGGGUAUUCACUUGAUUCCGUUCGUUAUGGCUACUAUUGUUAUACUGAAAAAUAGAGAAGUGCACCCGAAUGAAUUGAUAAUGCUGGGAACCAUCACCUUCACCAUUGCAGUGUACAGUUUCCUAGAUCACAAAGAAUUUAGGUUCUUAUUGCCUCUAUUGCCUUUGGUUCUAUAUAUAUCAUCAAGGUUCCUGUCAGCGUGGAGUAGAAAAGCUAAUAAUUUUCAUCUCUGGCUUGUGACUGUGAUUAUAUUUGUUGGUAACGUUAUACCAGCUUGGUACUUGGGAAUGGUACACCAGAGAGGAACACUAGAUGUUAUGCAACCUCUAAGAGAAAUAUCCGAGAAAAGUCCUAACGAAACUAGUUUGUUGUUUCUAAUGCCUUGCCACUCAACACCAUUGUAUAGUCAUCUACAUGUAAAUGUGACCACUAGAUUUUUAACUUGCUUGCCGAAUUUAAGCAAAAUCGAAAAUUAUAUUGACGAAGCCGAUAUGUUUUAUAAGAGCCCCAAUGGAUGGGUACGGCAGAAUUAUCCACCCAAUGGUACCUUACCUUCCCACAUUAUCUGCUUUGAUAAUUUAAUACCGCACAUAAGCAAUAUUUUAAGCAGAUAUAAGCAAGUUCAUCAAAUUUAUCAUACGAGCUUACCUACUUCCUCCAGGGUGGGCAGUUAUGUUACGGUACAUGAGAGGAUAGAUUUUUAAUUCGCCAUUUUGGAAAUCUUGUAUUUAUGUCUUGAAGCCAUUGUUUUUUUUUAGAUUGAUCACUGCCAUAUUUUAAAUAAAUAUAUAUUUCCUGAA